AUGGACGGCAGGCACGUCUGCCCCGACCCGGCCACGUCGUCCACCCCACCUCCCUCCUCUGGUAACCCAAAACACGUCAAACGCAUGCACAUGAACCGACCACGCCUCGGAGACGCGCCCGCAGUCCACGCCCGAGCCCCACCGGGACGCCGCACGGCGACGCCACGCCGCCCUGUCCUUUCGUCGAACGCCUGGCAGGCUGCUCGCCCCGUCGCGUCUCUCCUCUCUGUCGCACAGCGCGACGCGCGCGUCCUUCCAAACCGCAGCACCGCCUCGCAGACAUGCCCCAGCACCGCCCCUCUCGGCCAACCAUCUGCUGCCGCCCUCCCUCCGUCGGUGCACGGACCUGGUGCACGGUGCACCGGCCGUCGCCCUAUAAAAACCACGCCGCACCCUCCUUUCCUCCAUUUCCCUCGCCACAGCAUCCCCAGACCACCUCCACCUCACCUCCUUGGGCGGAGAGGAGCCCUGCUCCUCCCCGUCGUCGAGCUCGCCGUGUUCCCGUGGUGUGCGGUGAAGGUUGCCGACGCGGACGCCGCCGUUUCUUCCCCUCUCCCUGCUCCCUGGAAACUCUCUGUCCUUCCCGUACUGACACGCCCGUCGUUUUCGCCCAGGAACGCUGGUAGCCGCCGCCCCGACGAGCAGCAGGUUCCGCCGUCGCCGCCGUACGUCGGAGGAUCGUGCUGUUUUCGUCGCCGCCACCACCCCUCGGUAGCCCGUGAUCCGCCGCACCCAACGCGCCCCACCUCGCCGACGACAGCGCCCCGAGGUGAGCACGCCGUCCUUCGCCACUUCUCUGUGCGCCGCUAG